UGGCCGCCAAACCUGACACCUGGGGCCGGAACUACAGUUCCCACCACGCAGCGAGGCAGGAGGAAGGGGCUCCCGAGGACUACAAGGAAAGGCAGGGGGCGGGGGAAAUCAGCCCCUGCUUGCAAGCACAGAUCUGUUCCAGGAGUGAGAGCCAUGCAGGUCUCCAGUUUGGCUAGGACAGCUGACGAGGACUUUGACUACCUCUUCAAGAUCAUUCUUAUCGGGGAUUCCAACGUGGGGAAGACGUGUGUGGUGCAACAUUUCAAGUCCGGCGUCUACACAGAGACUCAGCAGAACACCAUUGGGGUGGACUUCACCGUGCGCUCCCUUGAGAUUGAUGGCAAGAAGGUCAAGCUGCAGGUGUGGGACACAGCCGGUCAGGAGCGCUUCCGCACCAUCACGCAGAGCUACUACCGCAGUGCACAUGCGGCCAUCAUCGCCUACGACCUCACACGGCGCACCACCUUCGAGUCGGUCCCUCACUGGAUUCACGAGAUUGAAAAAUACGGAGCGGCGAACUUGGUCAUCAUGUUGAUCGGAAACAAAUCUGACUUGUGGAAAGAGCGGCACGUGCUGUUUGAGGAUGCCUGCACACUGGCAGAGAAAUACGGCCUCCUCGCCGUCUUGGAGACCUCUGCCAAGGAGUCCAGGAACAUAGAGGAAGUCUUCGUGCUGAUGGCCAAGGAGCUGAUCGCCCGCAACAGCCUGCACCUGUACGGGGAGAGCGCCCCCAAUGGCCUGUCCCUGGAUUCCAGCCCCGUUCUCUUGGCCCAAGGGCCUAGGGAAAAGACCCAAUGCACUUGUUGAAAAUCCUCUCAAGGCCAACUCGACCACAGGCAGCUGGCUGCUACCCUUGCCUCCUAGCUCUUCCUGCCUGGAUGAGCAGCACUUUGGCCUCAACUCCCACUCUAGGCCACAGGCGGGUGCUAAGUCUAACAGGGGGGCCACUACUGCUCCCCCCCAAGUCCCACUGGGUGCCAGGCAUAGGUUCAGAGGGCAAGGCUGGCUUUCCCCUCCCGUUUUUUUCACUGUCUCCCAAUACUUCAGCCACAGGUUUUGCUUCUCUCCUUGCAGAGGCACAUGGAGGGGAGGAGUUUCCAGAGCACACAGAGGAAGUCUGGAACAUUCUGGAGCAGUCUGACACAAUGUGGGCAGGACAGGUGGGGAAGCUCACCGUGAGAAACCUUAAUGCUCUUUGUUUUCUUUCCCAAUAUUCAUUCACACAUCAAGGGCUUUAGCGGGGGCAGCAAAGCUUGUACACCUAAACACCAGAAACAGCAUCUUGCCAAAUGGUCAGGGACCAUGUGAUAACAGGUGGAGUGGGAUGGCACUAGCCCCUGGUUGGGCUGGGAUAUGGGAGAUGCCUACAGUGGCUUUCCAGGAUCUCCACUUAUCUGCUGGAUCCCAAGUUAUUUUUGGAUUACAUUAAAAUGGGCGCAUGGAUGAUUA